CCAGGCUCCUGGCGAGAUCCCCGAGCCCCGGCGGCUGGUGCUGGGAGCCCGGAGCCCGGGCUGCAGCCGGGAGAGGGGAAUCUCCAGCAGGGCCCUUCCCGCUGCUCCCCAGGAGCCUCUCCCAGGUCCAGGGGGGCCCCGCUCGGAGGGAAGGCUGAGGAAUCACGUCCACGAGUCGCUCCAGUUCGUCCCAUCUUCCAGGGGACAGGGAAGGGAAAUGGCUGUGAUGGAGCCACCUAAGAUGCCGGUGACCUUCGAGGAGGUGGCUGUGUAUUUCACCCAGGGGCAGGGGGCUCUGCUGGACCCCGCUCAGAGAGCCCUCUACAGGGACGUCAUGCAGGAGAACUACGAGAUGGUGAUCUCUCUGGGAUUUCCCAUUCCCAGACCUGAGCUGAUCGCCCGGCUGGAACGAGGGGAAGAGCCCUGGGUGCUGGAUCUCUGGGCCUGUGAGGAAAGAAAGGUUCCAAAAUGUACCAGCACAGCAGGAGCUGAGCGAGGGAGUGAAAAUGAGGAGGAGAAUCAUCAUGAGGAAGUUUCUGGGGCAGUGCAACCACAGGGGACCUAUGUGGGAAGAGCUGAAGGGAAUCUUUCCCAGUGCUUGGAGCAGGGAGAAGCAUUGGGAAAUUGGCAUAGGUCAAAGAGGCUUGUGGGAAACUACCCAAGGAAGAGAGUGGCUGAAUCUAUUAACGGUGGGGGAGGAGAUGAGGAUCCCAGAGCACAACAGACAAAUCCGAAUGAAGAGACACCAUGGCACUGCCUGCAGUGUGGGAAAGGAUUCAUUGUGAGAUCACAGCUUGUUACACAUCAGACAAUCCAUAUUGGAGAGAAACCCCUUCAAUACUUGGUACGUGGGGAAAGCUUCAAUAAGCAUUCUGAUCUUAAUAACCAUGGGAAAAGCCACACUGGAGGGAAGCCCAUUCAAUGCCUUGAGUGCGGGAAAUGUUUCAGUUCCAAGUCAGCAUUAAAUUCACAUAAGAAAAGCCACAGAGGAGAGAGAUCCCAUAAGUGCUUAGACUGUGGGAAAAGUUUCACAUGGAGGUCAGUGCUUGUUAAUCAUCAGGCAAUCCACACAGGAGAGAGACCCCAUAAAUGUUUGGACUGUGGGAAAAGUUUCAGAUGGAGGUCAAGCCUUGUUCAACAUCAGGCAAUCCACACAGGAGAGAGACCCCAUAAGUGCUUGGAUUGUGGGAAAAGUUUCAUACAAAGGUCAAGCCUUGUUCAACAUCAGGCAACCCACACAGGAGAGAGACCCCACAAGUGCUUGGAUUGUGGGAAAAGUUUCAUACAAAGGUCAAGCCUUGUUCAACAUCAGGCAAUCCACACAGGAGAGAGACCCCAUAAAUGUUUGGACUGUGGGAAAAGUUUCAGAUGGAGGUCAAGCCUUGUUCAACAUCAGGCAACCCACACAGGAGAGAGACCCCAUAAGUGCUUGGAUUGUGGGAAAAGUUUCAUACAAAGGUCAAGCCUUGUUCAACAUCAGGCAACCCACACAGGAGAGAGACCUCACAAGUGCUUGGAUUGUGGGAAAAGUUUCAUACAAAGGUCAAGCCUUGUUCAACAUCAGGCAACCCACACAGGAGAGAGACCCCACAAGUGCUUGGAUUGUGGGAAAAGUUUCACACAGAAGUCAACUCUUGUGAAACAUAAGACAACCCACACAGGAGAGAGACACAAGUGCUUGAACUGUGGGAAAAGUUUCAUAGAGAGGUCAACCCUUGUUAAACAUCAGGCAAUCCACAUAGACGAGAGACCCCACAAGUGCUUUGACUGUGAGAAACGUUUCAAGCGGAAGAUAGACCUUGUUAAUCAUCAGACAAUCCACAUAGGAGAGAGACCCCAUAAGUGCUUCGACUGAGGGAAAAGUUUCAUACAGAGGUCAGACCUCAUUAAACAUGGGAGAAUCCACGCAAGUUCUAAACUUGUGCAACACAUGGCAAGAAAGGUUUAAGCAACUUGCGUAUAACUGACUCAUAUCAACCUUUAGAGAGAAAUUUCGAAAGUGUUUCCAUCUUAGAUAAGCUAGAGUUUGAAAUGUAAACAUGUAUUGUUAAAGAUUUGGAAGAA